AUGACUGAUGAUGAAGUAAUUUAUUUUGAUGAAAUGGCAUCAACAACGAGCGAAGAAUCAAGAGGUCAAAAUGUUAAAAUAAUAUUUCUAGGUGAUGAUUUGGAAGGUGUCGAUGAGUUAAUUAAAAAUGGAUUAGCAAGGCUUUUAAUUAAAGAGAAGAUAGAUGAAGAGAACUAUAGAAUACAACAUAAAGGAGAAGAAAUAAUGUUAACAAUAAGUUAUACUGAUGGAAAAGAAAAAACGAAGUCAUUAACUACAAUGUUCUUUAAAUCUGCUAAUAUUGUAUUUAUUGUUUAUCAAAUUGGUCAUCCUGAAACUGCUGAACAUUUAAAUGCAUGGUCAAAAGAAGUUGAUAGGUAUGCUGAAAAUAGUAUCCCAAGAAAACUUCUUGGAUUAAAGUCAAAUAAAACACCAUUAGAAGUCACUCAUGCCAAACAAUUUGCUGAAGAAAAUUUGGUAAAAAAUGAGGUGUUGGACAUUAAUGAUCCUACUCUCUGUUCUCAAUUAUUUAUUAAAGAGAUUGAUAAUGCACUUAUAGAGUCAAUACAAAGUAAACCACUUCCACCAAAGAAAAACGAGAAGAAGUCUUGUUGUUGUCUUAUAAUGUAA